AUGGAACAAUCUCAAGGAAACAUUGCCAACUCCCCACCAACUUCCGAAAUUCCUCAGAGACCGAUUAUAUUGUCUCCACCACCAUUGGACCAAAACUCAUUGAAUCAAUCGUUCAAUAAUUUGCCGACAUCUGUUCCUCAAGGUCAUGCCAAUAGACAACAAAGUGUUGGGUACAAUUUGCAACAUGAAUUUGAAACAUUGACUGCUAAUUUAGAUUUGGACUUGAAUAGUUCCACGAGAAAUAUUACUCAGAGUGCUCCACCUAAUCAACAACAACAGCAACAAUCUCAAUUGCAAGCAACGGAUUCACAACUAUUGACCACCACUGCUGAUUUGAACACCAAACCGGCUCAUUCGGUCAAACCGACGUUGGCUGCUCCAGCUGCUUCAAGAUAUGGAUCGCAUUUAGGCUCUGAUUUAUUAGGUAAAUCCACUAGCUCUUUACUUGGUGAUAACAACCCAGUUUCUCCAAUCCAGAAAUUUUCUUCAAUCAAUACUCAAUUGGAUAGUUUGUUGAACAACAAUAUUUCUAGUGCCAAAAGUAAAACUGGAACCAAUUCACCAUUUUUAUCAAAUGCUGGGUUAUCCAAUAGACCACAAUCGGUCAAUGAUUUUAGUAAUAUUUUCAAUCGCCAAGACCAACAACAACAACAACAAUCUCAAACAUUUCUGAGUUUUACUACUCAACAGCAAAGCCAAAACCAAAAUCAAAAUCAAAAUCAAUCAAACUUUUAUCUGGACUUGAUAGUAUUCAGCAACUGGAUUGAAAAUUUGAAUCCUCAAGAUAACCUCACAAUGAUUGAUUAUUUAUGCUCUAAUUUGCCACUUGACAUAUUAUUGACUUUUAAAUCUAAAUUAGAUUUGCAUUUGCAAGGAGGUUCAGCUCAAAAUCAACAACUGCAACAACUGCAACUACUACCACAAUUUGUUAUGUCACCCUACAGUCAAUAUGAUCAACAACUUUACAAUGACAUGGACAAAUUAAAUAUUCAAGAUGAUAGUUUCAAAUCAAAGCAUGGUAACUCAUCAUUCAGGUCUAAUCAUUUAGCCAAUUUAAUCGAUAAAGUAGAACGACCAAAAUCGGCUGAUCCAUUUGUCAAUAAUACCAAAUAUGGUCAAUAUCAACAACAAUCAUAUAACCAACACCUGUAUCAGCAACAACAUCCGUUAGUUGAUAGAGCCAAAUCUCCAACAUCUCAUUUAUAUGAAAAGACCAAUUUCUUACAAUUAGCAGCAGCUAAUUCAAAUAAUACUGGUGGUAAUUAUAAUCAAUAUAUGCCAUCAUUAUCUUCUACUUCUUCUUCAUUAGGUCAAGCAAAUUCAAAUAAUACAUCUACUAGAGACGACAUGGAUUUGAAGCUUGGUGCAUUAGCUACCAUCAAUUCCAGAGUGGCAUUAGAUUCAAAUAGAAAGCAUCCUCACGUAGCAACACCUGGAUCAACUUGGAAUAAUCAAACUCACACACAUCUGCAUAUUUCACCACCACAUCACAAUCAAAUGCAUAGUGGUGUACGUAAUGUUUCUAAUUUUGAAGAAUCCAUUAAUCGAUCAUUAAAUUCAUCAAGUGUGCCUGCUAGUAUGCACAAGUCAAACUAUUCCAAUUCUCAUGGCAACAAUAGUAACAACAACAGCGGCAACACCAAUAUUAAUUCUAAUCAAAACAAAGGAACUCAUAAAAAGAAAAUAAACUCUCCAACUUCAGCAGUUAGUAUGCAACAGAAUUCUACUUCAGUAAAUUCAACCACCAGUGGUAAUGGUGGAGCAAAUGCUAACGUCAAUACAACAGCCACAACUAGUUCAUCAUCAUCUUCUUCUAUGCCGAUUGAAGUUUCAAGUCUUGAGUUAUUGAAUAACAUUCCUGCAUGGUUAAAAUUGUUACGAUUGCACAAGUAUACCGAAUGUUUAAAGGAUGUACCCUGGAAAGAGUUGAUAGAGUUGGAUAAUGAUCAAUUGGAGAGUAAAGGUGUUGCUGCAUUAGGAGCUAGACGUAAAUUGUUAAAAGCAUUUGAUGUUGUGAAGAAUAAUUUACCAGUUGUUUGA